CCCAGCGCAGCCGCCGCGGCGGGGCCGGCACCUCCCCAAGUGCCGCACCAUGGGCAGCCAGGGCUCCAAGGCGGCGGGCGGCGACCCCGACACCGCCAAGGCCAACGGGCAGGAGAACGGCCAUGUGAUCUCCAACGGGGACAUGACGCCCAAGGCGGGGGUCGAGGGGACCCCCCAGAACGGGAACGGCUCGGCGGAACCCCCCAAGGAGGAGAGCGAGGGCGAAGCGGGCGGUGCCGACGGCAUCGAGCCCGCCCCGGCCGCCGCCGAGCCCGCCGAGCCCAAAGGCGAAGGGGCCGCGACCCCCAAGGACGCCCCCAAGAAGAAGAAGAAAUUCUCCUUCAAGAAACCCUUCAAGCUGAGCGGGAUCUCCUUCCGCAAGAACAAGAAGGAAGCCGGGGACUCCUCGGGCUCCUCGCCCACCGAGGAGCAGGGCAGGAGCGAGGAGACCCCGCCGGGGGGGCUGCAGCCCUCGGCUCCCCCCGAGGAGGGCGGCGAGACCCAGGAUGGAGGAGAAGCCUCGGGCAGCCAGGAGGAGGAGAAACAGCAGCAGCAGGGAGGGGAGAACCACGGAGACACCGCCAAAGCCGAGGAGCCCUCGAAAACCGCGGGGCCGGAGCCCACAGCGAGCCCGGCGGAGCAGAAGGAAGAGUAGAGAGCGCUCGGGCAUCGUCCUCAGCGGGGACUCUGACAGCGCCCUCGACCCUCCCCGGGCCCGCCCGGAUCGCCCUCGACCCUCCCCGGGCCCGCCCGGAUCGCCCUCGACCCUUCCCGGGCCCGCCCGGAUCGCCCUCCCCGGGGGCUCCCCCACCGCCCUCCGUCCUCCCCGGGGGCUCCCCCACCACCCUCGACCCUCCCCGAGCAGCCCGGAUCCCCGGAUCGCCCUCCCCGGGGCUCUCCCGCCGCCCCCCGGACUCGCCCCGGAGCCUCCCGCACCCCCGGACUGACCGCACGCCCCGCACCCCCCGCAGGUUUUUUUUUUCCUCUCUCUCUUUUUCUCUCUCUCCUCGUUCCUGGUAGAAAAAGCCGGUUUGGAUUCCCACCGCCGCCACUUGGAGUAGUUUGAGCUGAAUUCAUUGGGAAAAUGGAAAAAAAUUAAAAAAAAAAAAAAAAGAAAAAAAAAAA